AUGGAAGGGUUGAAAGAUUGGCCAGUAUUUAAUGGUCCACUGGUUUUCUGGGACAUCUCUAGGUCAGAGAAAAUGAUUCUGUAUUUGGGUAGCAGCAGAUGUUAUAGUCUCAUAAGGUCUCGCCCUUUCUCUCUCACUUUUACCACUUUUGAUGAUUGUCUAGGUAAGACAAAAUCAAUUGACAGCAUACUGCCUUAG